UUCCAGUGCCACUCCUGUGGCCGGCAUUCUAGCACCAAUCAGUGUUGCACUCCCAUCUAUUUGCCUGCAAAUCUGCCACAAAGCUCAGCCACAGUUUCAAGCGAAGAUGGGCUGAAUCAAACCGCAGCAUCAAACCGCAUUCCUUCAUAUAUGCCGCUGCCUUGUAGGCUUCCUUUGUUUUUGUAAUCUUGCUUUGUUCGUUGUAAGAACUGAACAACUAUUAUCGUCGUGUUGAGGUGUCCUUCGCAAGUCGCGAUACAGCUGGAGCUUGCUGGGCUGGCGCACCAUGGUGUCGGCAACGGAUAUCAUCACCUACGUGGGCGUCCCUUUGGCUAUUAUAGGUACGUUAGAAUGACGAAUUCAUGCUUCCUUCUGAGGUUUGCCAAGCUAACAAAUAGGUUCCAGGCGUGGCUCCCAUCUUCUACACUUACCUCAAAACCAUGAUCAUGAGCUUCCGCCUGCGCCGAACCCUCAAAACCUAUGACAUUGAAGCCUCGGUAAAUUCUCGCCUACUUGCCGGAAUUGUUGAUGUGAAUAUCCCAACAUACCAACUGGCAUUACCCUCACGGGGCCAUUCAGAGUAUUGGAGUCACAAGAAUACGGGUGGCUCACGACAUGGCGCUUCCUGGCAAAAUUUCAACUGGCAACGAAGAAGGAUAGACGAGAAGAUGAUUCAGGUUCAUUUCUCAGACCAGAUCAAAUUACCUGAAGCGUCAAUAGACUUCGCCGAUUUGAUACGUUAUCUUGGCGAUCUUGGACUCCAAACGAAUCCCGAAAGCUUCUGGGAACUUUCUCAGAAGGGUUUGAAUGUUCGGCCUGGAACCUGUCUUAUGAGGGAGAUUGGAGAGGAUAAUUUGGAGAAGCCUAUUCUUGUUGUUGCGAAGCCGACGAGCGAACACCCGGGGACACUGCUACUUCGAUUUCAGAACAAACCAGGCAAAACUCCGAGGACAGAAAGGGAUCUUGAUCCCGAUUGGAUCCGAGUACCAGCAAUCCCCAAGACGACAGUACCAGCAGAAAGCAAAGAGGUCAAUGGCAGCGAAAAAUUGAGACCGUUAGAUUCCGAUGCAACCAACGAGACCGCUGAGUUGACGAAGGAUAAAACGGACGAAGCUAAACCGGAGAAAGUAGAAGAAGAGAUCAUCGAGAAUGUACGAAUCAGUCGCAAAGGAUUCCUCGAAAAGAAGCUCGUGGGUGGUAUCACUCUCCCAGUGGUGGGGCUACCUUACUGGUUCGUUUAUGCUAUGUUGGCAAGUACUUCAUUGAACGGCCAUCAUGACUACAAUGGCCGACCCUUUGGGUAUCGAAUUCGGCUAGAAACCCUCUUCUUUUCUCGUGAAGUUUCCAUUGGAAUGGCGUCGGAAGAUACGUUCUCCGAAUGGACAACAUUUAUUUCCCAACUUCUCGAUGAUGCCAAAGUCAAAGCCAUUCCACAGGAAUGGACCGAUGAUCCGCCUGCGCGCAAGGACGCUCGUCUCAUGAAGCGAUUUGAGCUAAUGGUAGAUUCGAAAUUGAGAAAUCGGGCUGCCGAGCUCCGACGGCCUCGACAGAGGUCAUUUCAAGCAGUGGCCGAAAUUCGCGUCAAUUCGCGUCAAAAGAUCUAUAACCCCCAUUUUUGGGCGGACAAGGUGGACAACAUUUACAUCCCUUUCGAGGUCCUCAGCGUUCCUACUGCAAUCUGGUCUGAGGCCGCUGGCCAUUGUGUUGGCCAUAUCCACCCAUUACCUGCAGAUCGAGUACCGACCAGUCAAGAGAUUUGCGUUGCUGCAAUGUCAAAUAUGGAUUUUGCCUGGCGGGUGGGUGACACUCUUAAAGAAUUCUACAAGUGGUUUGAGGGUGAGGGUGAGUAUCCGGUUUUGCGAGUGUCACACUUUCACAAUCAAGAUCGAAUUCACCAAGUGAUACUGAUGUGUGCAAUUAUUAUUAUUCAAUCGAUUGCAGAUGGGGCUCCUUAUUUGGCGGCCCUGGGGGAUGUCGAAAAAUGUGUCACGAAGUGGGAUCCAGUAUAUCUCUGCUAAAUAUUCACGUGCGGCUAGGCACCCCGAUUCUCACCGCCCAUAUAGCAGUUCAGCAUAGCCAUUCCAU